AGCUCCAUGGCUGGAGAGGCACAUAAUCUCUGCCCCUCUGUGUGGGGAUGCAGAGUCGGGGGGAAGGGAGUCCACAGAGUUUCCUGCACUGCUCCCUGGGUUGCGUCUCUCCUGGCGUUCCCUCCGUGGCUCUUCCCCUCCGUCGGCUCCCUGCGCAGACAUGAAGCUCCUGGUCCUCCUCACUCUUGGGGGGCUCCUCCUGGCUCUACAGACUGGUGUCUGCCAGCAACCAAAGCGCAAAGAGGACCUAAGUGAGAACCGCAUCAGGCCUGGACGGAAGAGGACGAAAGUCAGGCACACCAAGCUGAAGGAGAAGGAGAGUGGCAAGGCCGGGUCCAUCCUCACGCAGGUCUUGGACAAGGGUCGUUUCCUGCGGCUCGGAGAGACCCUGAGCCUGAGUCCUGGGAAAGCCCUUGAGCUCCGGUGCAAGGGCAGCCAGAUCGGCUGGGCCUACCCCUCCUACCUGGACACUUUCAAUGACACUCGACUCACCAUCAAGCAGCAGGAGAAGUUUGGUCAACUGAUCCUGACGUCGCCCUCUGCUGCUGACACGGGGGAGUACAGCUGCUGGCCAGUUCUGUGUGAUGGAGAUGAGUGCGAUAAAGACCCAGAGCGUUCUUCAUCCUCUUACAUCUAUUUCACCGACAAAGAUGAGCUUUUUGUCCCGUCACCGAUACACUUUGAGAUUGUGUACAUGCGGCCCGACCAGCCUGCCAUGGUGCCCUGCCGGGUGAGCAGCCCCAACGCUGAGGUGUCCCUGCACAGAGAGGUGCCGCCCGAGGAGAUCCCCGUGGAUGGGACCCAAAUCUCCUACAACCCAACCAAAGGCUUCGUCCUGCGGAGCCCCACUCCCGAGUACCAGGGGGCAUUCUACUGCAAAGCCGCCACCAAAUUCACGCCUCAGAUCUCUACUAAGUACAUGCUGCUUUAUGUAGAGGUUCCCAGUGGGCCCCCUUAUGUGACACUGGAGGCCUCCGCUGAUAGUGCGAGUGCCGGGGACAACUUCAACAUCACGUGCACAGUCCUGGGAGAGCCAGAGAGCGACGUGGCCUUCAGCUGGAAGUUCCCUGGCCAGGAUAUGCGCCCAGUGUUCAUCCAUAACGAGUGGCGGCUCAUAAACAGGGAGGUAAGCUACACAACUCGCAUCUCCCAGAGUGUCAUCACUGUCGAGGAUGUGGAGACGACCAUCGACUUCGGAAAAUACAUCUGCACAGCCAAGAACAAGCAUGGGGAGACCUCAGUGUCUAUAAGUAUGAACUAAAUGGGUAGACUAUUUCUAAUCUACAAAAGAUCAAUGAAGGUGCAAUCAUUUCAUUUAUUUAUCAAGUUUACUCAUUAAUUCCACUGAUCUACUGCUCUUUGAUUUAUGUCAUGAACUACUUUCAAACAUGCAACAAAAAAUGAAAAGCAUAGUUAUUUGGGAUGAAUAUUUCAAGUUUCUUUCUCAGAUUUUGAUCAUAUGUGGUACUUGCAUAAGUCUACUAGUUCUGACUACAGAGCAAUUUUUCCUUUUUAGUGUCUUAUGACAGACAGGCUUUUCCCCACAGAACACGAUUCCCACUUGACAUCGACUUUACAAUGUUCUAAUGAACUGUGGGACCUGUUGUAAUUUGUGCUAAUUGGUUGCCAUUAAUGCAAAAUGGCUUACCCCAGUUCCCCAGGCAACAGUCUGAGACAUCUAAUUCUACAACAAUUACAUACAUAAAAUAAUGAAAUACUAAGAAAUGCCCGAGAUAUUAAUGUGUAAACAUUGUUGUUUGUAUGCAGGCUUGUCGUGUUCUACUUGAUCGCAUAGCUAUAUGGAUUUUGGAACACAAUUCAAGUUGAAAUUCAGUGGACCUGAAGGCUUUAGGUGAUUUGGCGUGGAAUGACCUUAAAGUGUCAUAAAAUUAAAACAAUUUACUGUGUUAACUCUUUCUUGUAGAGGGUUCUAGUUGUGUCCCAAGCAUAACCGAUAUACUGGUUUUCUUGAAUAUUCAUUGUUUUAAUGUUCUGAAACAUUACUGCGGCAUAAAUAAAACUACCACUCUUUUAGGAAAAACAUUUGUUUCUCGGUUAAAGCAGUCAUCCCCUGUCCACAGAUGUGAACCACUCUGCCUUGCCUUUAAUGAGUUUCAUAUGUGGAACGUGUGGAGCGCCUGCACAGCUUAUUUUAGUGCAGUCACACACUUCAAGAAUGUUCUCUCUGCUUUUCCUCUUCUGUCUUCCAAUAAAUAAAUAUCAAAUAUAAAAUUCA